AUGUUCCUUGACAUAGCACAGACAAAACUCUCCUCGGAUGUUGCUGUUUGGUGCUACGAGCAGAGACCGAGGAACGAGCUCAAGAGACUCAGCCUCAAGUUUUGUCCUACUUUGAGGACCUCUGCAGGGUUUUGGUACCAGCCAGUCGGUCUUGAUGCCGCCGACGCGCCGAGGUCUGGUGAUACCUUCAUCGACUGA